AUGCUCCAUUCCCGUCUCCGACCCCUCCCUUCUGCCCCCUCAAAACAAACCCCAGACCCCUUAUUCAAAGAUGAGGAUCAAGAUAAUAACAAUAACAGUGGCAAUGACAGCGACGCAGAAUCCCCCGAAGACGUCUUCACAUCUUUCCUCCCCCACCUCUUCCCGGACGAUGCACCCUCCUUCCACGGCGACCCCGGUCAGCAUCUCCUUUACUCCUCCCCCGUGUUCGGGGACUUGAAGAUCAUGGUUCCGUCUUAUCCGUUUCAGAGUGAUAAGCGGACAGAAGAGAUUGCGGUGGGGCUUUCCUUGGGUGCUGAGGAUGAGGGGAGGGUGAAUCAGGUUGUUGCGGAGAGGAGGCUGUUUGCACAUUUCCUGUGGAGUGCGGCAAUGGUCGUUGCAGAGGGGGUGGAGAGGUCAGUUGUCAGCGCAGAUAUGCAUGCUGAUGCUGAUGGAGCAAACAUCUGGGAUGUUAGGGGGGAGAGUGUUCUGGAGUUGGGUGCUGGCGCCGCUCUCCCCUCGCUCAUCUGCGCCCUCUCCCAUGCAUCGAGGGUGACGAUAACAGACCAUCCUUCUUCCCCUGCGUUGUCGAGCGCUAUUGCUUUUAAUAUUGACCAUAACCUCUCCCGCCGGCAUACAUCCACAGACAUACCCACGACCAAAGUUACAAUCGAACCCCACGAAUGGGGAACCCUCGACACCCCCUUCGCGCAGGCGAACAAGGGUACUUUCACCCGCAUCAUAGCGGCGGACUGUCUCUGGAUGCGCUCGCAGCAUGAGAACCUCGUACGGACUAUGCUGUGGUUCUUGGCUGAUAAUAACACGGAAGUUGGUAGCCAAGCGAAUGGAAGUAGUAGUACUAAAACAAAAGCACGGGUUUGGAUCGCCGCGGGCUUUCAUACAGGGCGCGCUAUUGUGGCGAGUUUCUUCGACACGGCUGUGCGGAUGGGGUUGGUGAUUGAGAGUAUCUAUGAGAGAGAUUUGAAUUCUAUGGCACCGGACGGGGGGGAGGUGAGGAGGGACUGGGUUCGUAUUAGGGAGGGGGAGACAUCGGAGAAUAGAAGGAGGUGGUGUGUUGUUGCUAUGUUGAAGGGGGGUCCGUAG